GUGAAAUCAAACGAAUCCUCUACAGCGCAGAGCAAACACAAACUGAGUGGAGCUCACUGUACAUCGGGUAAAUAGACGGGACAGAUAAUUGAAUGAAACGCCAUUAGCAUGGAUGUCUUGGAGGACGACGACUACUAUGACCAUGAAAACAUCAGCUUCAACUUCAGCUAUGAUGACUACCCUGCCCUGUGUGAGAAGGCUGACAUCCGUUCCUUUGCUGCCCUCUUCCUCCCCAUCAUGUACACGGUGUGUCUGGUGGUGGGACUGGCAGGAAAUGCCUUGGUCGUGACCGUGUACGCCUACCACAAACGCCUGAAGACCAUGACAGAUGCUUUCCUGAGCCACCUGGCUGUGGCUGACCUGCUCCUGCUCUUCACACUGCCUUUCUGGGCUGCUGAUGCUACGAGGGGCUGGGAGCUGGGUCAGGUCAUCUGUAAGAUCAUGUCAGCCUGUUACACGGUCAACUUCACCUGCUGCAUGCUGCUGCUGGCCUGCAUCAGCCUGGAUCGUUAUUUAGCAUUGGCCAGGGUGCAAGGUAGAGAACAAAGAGGCUGGCUGCAGAGGGCGUUCAGCAGGAGACACUGUUGGAAGGUGUGUUUAGUUGUCUGGGCAACAGCUUUCAUGCUUGGUCUGCCUGAUUUAAUACUCUCAGAAGUGAGGUGGGCAUCUAAUAGGAGCAUCUGCCUGGCUGUCUACCCUCCAUCCAUGGCUAGAGGAGGUAAAGCUGCACUGGAGAUAGCUGAGGUGCUGCUGGGAUUCUUGCUUCCUCUCCUGGUUAUGGUGAUCUGUUACUGGAGUGUGGGCCGAGCGCUGAAGGGCCUCCCUGUUCAAAGCAGAGGCAAGAAGUGGAAAGCCCUGCGUGUUCUCCUAAUAGUGGUGGGAGUGUUUGUGGUCACACAGCUGCCUUAUAAUGUCUUGAAGCUCUAUCGAAUGAUGGACUCGGUCUACGCUUUAGUGACCCACUGUGGGACGAGUAAAGUGCUGGAUAAGGCUGCUCAGGUGACGGAGAGCCUGGCCCUCACUCACUGCUGCCUCAACCCGAUCCUCUACGCCUUCAUGGGGUCUUCCUUCAGGCAGCACAUGACCAAAAUGGCCAAGAAGUUUGGUGAGAAGAGAAGAAAGAGGAGGAGGGAAAACCCUGCAGAAGAAGGAGGGAUGGACAUAUCAUUUAACUCCCACAGUGCAUCUCAAGAAACAAACACAUUUUCUAUAUGAGUUAAAACUAGUAUGCCAGAGUGAAUGAUGUCUGUAUGUAUCACUUAUUUAGCAUAGUAUAAGAGCAGAUGCAGUUACUCUGUGUAGAUAGCUGUUGAGACAGCAGCGGUGGAAGUAGGCUGAAAUUGAAUUCCCUCUACAUCAAAAACAGGAGGUUGUUUUCUUAAGUCUUUUCUUCCUCUAAUUUUAUUUAAAAAAAAAUGGGUUUGAGUAAAAUGUAUUUGUUUACAUGACUUCUUUGUUAUUGUAGCAACAAAUAAAAUUAUAUAUCUUUC